AUGGUGUUACUAGAUUCCUUGUGGUUCAUCGUAGUAGCAUCUUUGUUGGGAGGAUAUGCAUUUGUGUUUGGGAUCCUUAGGAGGGUGAAUGAGUGGUACUAUGUUGGCAGGGUAGGAAAGACACAAUACCCUCUCCCACCUGGUGAUCUAGGUUGGCCUUUCCUCGGCAACAUGCACACCUUCCUCAAAGCUUUCAAGUCUGACCCUGAUUCCUUCAUCUAUGACCUUGUUUCCAGAUAUGGCAGGACAGGCAUGUAUAGGACCUACUUGUUUGGGAGCCCAAGCAUCAUAGUUUGCAGCCCAGAAACGUGUAGGAAGGUUCUCACAGAUGAGGAACAAUUCAAGCUUGGAUACCCUGCUUCCACCAUGGCCCUCACAGGAAAAAGAUCAUUCCAUGGAAUCUCAAAUGAGGAGCACAAGCGUCUGCGCCGCCUCACAACCUCUCCCAUAACUGGCCACGAGGCAUUGUCUAUGUAUAUUGGUCUUAUUGAAGGGAUUGCUGUGAAACUUUUGGAUGAGUUGUCUAGCAUGAACAUGCCAUGUGAAUUCCUCACAGAAAUGAGGAAGUUCGCUUUUGCUGUCAUCACCACCAUUUUUGUCGGCUCUGACUAUGAUCACGUUGACCUUGGCUUGGUCGAGAACUUGUACACCCACUUGAAUCGAGGAAUGAAGUCUCUUGCCAUCAAUCUCCCUGGCUUUGCAUUCCACAAAGCACUCAAGGCACGAAAGAAGUUGAUGAAGCUGCUUCAAGCCCUGGUGGACCGAAAGAGGAGGAACAAUAAUAGAGAGACAAAGAUGAGGAAAGAUAUGAUGGAUUUAUUGAUGGAAGUCAAAGAUGAAGUGGGUUGGAAGCUGCAGGAUGAAGACAUCAUAGACCUGCUUCUGGUAUUCUUGUUAGCUGGUCAUGAAAGCUCUGCUCAUGGAAUAUUGUGGACCAUCAUCUACCUCAUGGAACACCCAUAUGUCCUCCAUAAGGCCAAGAAAGAACAAGAACAAAUCAUGGAAAGGAGACCUUCCACGCAGAAAGGGCUGAACCUCAAGGAAAUUAAGCAAAUGGAAUAUCUUUCAAAGGUUAUUGAUGAGACGCUGCGCAGAACAAGUAUCUCGUUUGCGAACUUUAGACAGGCAAAAGUCGAUGUCAACAUCAAUGGUUAUACUAUACCAAAAGGAUGGAAAGUUUUGGUUUGGAACAGAGGUGUUCACAUGGAUCCUGAAACUUACGUCAACCCAAAGGAAUACGACCCUUCUAGAUGGGAAAAUUACAAAGCCAGAGCAGGGUCUUUCCUUCCAUUUGGAUUAGGAAGCAGGUUUUGUCCCGGAAGCGACCUGGCCAAGCUUGAGAUCACCAUUUUCCUUCAUCAUUUUCUUCUUAACUACAGGAUGGAGAGAAUUAAUCCAGAGUGUCCAGUGACUUACCUACCAGUUCCAAGGCCUUCUGACAACUGUCUUGCAAGAAUUAUAAAAGCUACCUAAAUCAUGAGAUUAAUUAGCCUCUUGUAAUUGAGCAAGG